CAUUAGCCGAGAAAUCAAUUAUCUAUAUGAUGCUAUGACCAAAUCAUCUGAGUCCAGUACAUCUGAGUCGAGUUCAGCUGAAGAAGCUUAUAUAAUAGAGGAGGAACUCAUGGAAUCAGUUUUUACGCCACUUAACAAAGUAAAAUGUGUGAAGAAAGAUCUGGUAAUAAGAAAGUAA